UCCGCCCUAGUGGUCCAGCGGUUCGGAGCCGUCCGCGGAGCGUGGGUGAGCGCCCACUGGAGCCGAUCCCGCGCACAGGCGCGGGAGUCUCGGCGAGCAAACAUGGCGGCCCUGACGACCGUGGUGGUGGCGGCGGCGGCCACGGCGGUUGCCGGGGCGGUGGCGGGGGCGGGCGCGCCUGCGGGGACCGGCGUGGGAGCGGCGCCGACGCCGCAACAGAAUGAUGGCAGCUUUAGUACUUCAGGUGGAAUUCGUCCUUCUCAACUUCAGAACUGGAAGCAGAAAGUUAGUCGGAUGAAGAAAGCAGAAUUCAUACACACAGCAGAAAAAUUAAAGAAUCAAGUUAUUGUUAUAGAAAAAGAUAAACACAGUCAUUUCUACAACCAAAGAGGGGACUUCAGAACUGAGCACAGCAUGCUGGAAGAAUUGGAGAACAAACUGAUAAACAGCAGGAAGAUAGAGAGAGCAAAGAUCCAGCAACAGUUGGCCAAAAUACAUAACAAUGUGAAGAAACUUCAGCACCAGCUGAAAGACGUGAAGCCCACGCCUGACUUUGUUGAAAAGCUCAGAGAAAUGAUGGAAGAAAUUGAAAAUGCAAUCAAUACUUUUAAAGAAGAACAGAGACUGAUAUAUGAAGAGCUUAUUCAAGAAGAGAAAACAACUAAUAAUGAGCUGAAUGCAAUCUCCAGGAGAAUUGACUCCUGGGCUUUGGGAAAUUCAGAAACAGAGAAAGCUUUCAGAGCGCUCUCCAGCAAAGUCCCCGUAGACAGAGUGGCACCAAGUACUCUGCCAAAAGAAGUUGUGGAGUUUGAAAAAUUCCUUCAGCAAACAGGAGGGCGACAGGGGGGCUGGGACGACUUUGACCACCAGAACUUUGUGAAAGUGAGGAGCAAACAUAAGGGGAAGCCGGCGUUCAUGAAGGAGGCUGUGGAACACCUUCCGGGAAGAACGCUGCGUGAAGUGGAGCAACACGAGAAGUGGUAUCAGAAGUUCCUGGCUCUAGAGGAGAGAAAAAAAGAGUCUAUUCAAAAUUGGAAAACCAAAAAGCAGCAAAAGAAAGAGGAAAUACUCAAGCUAAAAGAAAAGGCAGACAGCACACCUAUGCCUUCUCAUAGCAAACCAGAAGAUAACCAAAAGCAGAAAGAGGAACAGAGAAAGAAGCAGAAACUGGCAAUUGAAGCUUGGAAAAAGCAGAAAAGUAUAGAGAUGUCAAUGAAGCAUGCUUCCCAGCUCAGAGAAGAAGAGGAGAGAGAGAGGAAGCAGCAGAAAGAGCGACAGCGGCAGUUUAAGUUAAAACUGCUCCUAGAAAGUUACACCCAGCAAAAGAAAGAGCAGGAGGAGUUCCUGAGACUUGAGAAGGAGAUAAAGGAAAAGACAGAAAAGGCGGAAAAAAGAAAAACUGCUGCUGAUGAGAUUUCCAGGUUCCAAGAAAGAGAUUUGCAUAAACUUGAAUUGAAAAUUCUAGAUAGACAGUCAAAAGAAGAGGAAAAGGCAGAAAAGCAAAGGCGACUGGCCAAAUUAAAAGAAAAGGUUGAAAAUAAUGUCAGUAGAGAUCCCUCUAGGCUUUAUAAACCUACCAAAGGCUGGGAAGAACGAACCAAAAAGAUAGGCCCGUCAGGCUCAGGGCCACUUCUCCAUAUCCCACACAGGGCCAUUCCAAGCUGGCGACAAGGAAUCUAGAGGGACUAUGGGAUAAUGCAAUUGCUGUUCACUUGAUGAGAACGCUAGUAUUGCUGUUUCUGGAGACGGUGAUUCACUUUGCUGUUUAAAUGUUAGUAGCGUAGUCAGGUUGGUUACUGUGCUGUGUAUGAACUGAGAGGUUUGAAGUGUCACGUAGCACUGGCAGUAUUUCGUUUCUACAGAGAGGGUAUAUGUUGGCCUAGUGUUAAUAUGAAUGUUAUUUAAAUAGGUUUAUGUUACAAACAUUAUUCUAUUUAAAUACGUUUUUUCAUGGCUUAGGAAAUAAUUUGGGAGACUCAGUCUUUUUUAAGCCAAAAUUUUGUAACUUUUAUAACUUGGAAGUAACUAAGCUUGAGUAACAAAAACAUAAAGUGUCUUUUUUAAAGAGUUGUUCAAUAACUUAGUACUUUUUCUAAGUUUAACAAAAUGGUAAUUUGUCAGUUGUUUCGUUUUUGUGUAAUGAAUAUUUUGUAUUUGAUUAAAGCAUGCUUUGUUUUA